AUGUCUGGGCCCUUUUCCAGCCCCUUUGGGGAGAACAGCAACCCUUUUGGGACAGACAGGGGAAAGAGGACGAACAACGCAAUCCAUGCUGUUGCCGAAGAAGAUGAGAACGAUACCAUCACAUCUCCUACAAACCCUCGAUUUGGGGCUUCGCCAAACUCCGCUUCCAUGUUCUCUGGCCCUUUCGGUGGUGGCUUUGGAGGGGACUCUUCAUCUGAGGCACCUCCUUCGCGUAACCUCCCAAACCCUGAUAGCUACCCUGCUCAGUACAAUUUUGGUCGCCGAACAUCAGUCUCUGCCGAAUCUCUGAAGCCAAGUGCUGAUUCCUAUGACAAUUGGUCGCCGCCUUUUCACGAGAAGUCUGCGGACCAGCUUGAGCGUCUUAAACGUGCUAUUGAAGGAAACUUCCUUUUCAGCCAUCUCGAGGAUGAACAGAGCGCCCAGAUUCUGGGUGCUCUUGUUGAAAAGCCGAUACCAGCUAAAGGUAUCAAGGUUAUUAGCCAGGGUGAUGCGGGGGAUUAUUUUUAUGUCGUCGAGAAGGGAUCUUUUGACGUAUAUGUCAAUCCUACCGGGUCGCUUCAACCCGGUCCGGAUGGCAUGGGUAACCAAGUCGGCAACAUCCAGGCUGGUGGUUCGUUCGGAGAACUGGCACUGAUGUACAAUGCACCUCGAGCUGCGACGGUUGUCUCAGCUGAGUCCGGUUGCACUGUAUGGGCACUCGAUCGUGUUACCUUCCGCCGUAUUCUUAUGGAGUCGACCUUCGCUCGGAGGCGCAUGUAUGAGAGCUUCCUUGAGGAAGUUCCACUUCUUGCAAGUUUGAACCCAUACGAGCGCUCCAAAAUUGCCGAUGCCCUUGAAACAAAGAAAUUUGCGGCAGGCGAGGUCAUUAUCAACGAAGGAGACCCCGGCCACGCAUUCUACCUUCUGGAGAGUGGCGAAGCAGAUGCUUACAUUGGACAGCCUGACAACAAGGUUCGCCAUUACAAGAAAGGCGAUUACUUCGGCGAGCUUGCCCUGCUUAAUGACGCCCCGCGAGCAGCUAGUAUCGUUGCUACGUCUCCAGUCAAGGUUGGCAGCCUGGGCAAGAACGCUUUCCAGCGACUUCUGGGUCCUGUAGAGGGCAUCUUACGAAGGACCAAGUAUCAGGGUGUUGCAACCGGUGUCGAAGAGAUGGAUCCUCUCCACACCGGCUAA